UAACUUUAUGGCAAGCCGUGGUAGUCCACAAACCACAUAUCCCAUCCAAGCCUCACGGCGCUCCAACAACACCUCCAACCCCCUGUUCUACUACCAGCGCCUAAACGAAGAGCGCGACCGCUGGUCCACACUAAAAGCCGCCCCAGGCGCAAAGCGAUUCUGGGCCGAUCUCUGGACCGCCGCGCACCAGCAGCACGCCGCCAUGUACCAUCGAUUCGACAAGAGCAUCACCCGCGGGCUAAAGUCCCUGAUCCGCGCGACGCUCAUGACUCUGCUCACGCGCUACGCACGGCAGUACCAACACCCCGUGUACCAAGAAUACCGCCAGCUGCUAGAGCAGAACAACGACUACCAGACGUGGCACCUCAGGAAGCUGGCCUACCUCAUGGUGUCGCUGACGCCCGUGCUGGACUACCGCACCGGCGCGACAAAUCCCAAGCUGCUGGUCACUAUCACGGAUUGCCUGCCUCGGGACGCCUAUCUGAAGUGGAAGAUCUUCAAUGACGCGGCCGAGCGGGUGCGCGAUGGGGAUGGCGUGAUUUGCCAGCUGCUGAUGAUGAUGUUGCUUUUGCGCGGGUUGGAUGGGCUUAUGCGCGUGAUGAGGCACGUUUGGGAGGGCGAGCCGUCGCGGACGACGCGGAAUCUUGCGUCGGAGGUGAUGCGGAUUUUCUUGCUGCAGUGCAAUGGCAUGGACCCUGCUCGUCGGCUUAAGCAGGUGGGUCCGACUGGGGCGUUGCAGGCGUGGCGAUUGAGCGGCUAGUAUCGUGUUCACAAGCGAUGUAGAUGGCGGGCAGAUAGCUCGCAUGGCCUCGGAAAUGGACGUGUUCGCGUUUCUCAUAUCGCGUAUGUCUGUCUAUCAACGGGGUUCAUUGACCAAGGUAUCAACCCGGAGAUCCAGUACCGGAACACCAAUCCUCAAUCUUUUCCCAGUAUCG